AUACCAUUUGGUACAACUUUCCCCCCGAAAUAGCACGUCGCCAUGGCGUCCUUCGGUGGUAAUGCAUCCAGACGGGAUCAUGUCUCUUCAGGUAAUGUGUAUCGCAUGAGCCGGUGCCCGCUCUCUUCUCCUCUUCAAAAUCUCUCAUUGGGUCUCUCAAGUCUCUUUCCUUGCCUUUAUGCAAGAUAAAGAGACUGAGAAGGCUUAUGGGUGAUGAGGAGGAGGGAGCGUGGCUGAGAAUAUACGGCCCUGGAACUUGAUCUGGAUAAUACCAGCGAAAGGAUCAUGCUCUUCUUCCUUCUUACUGUUUACAGAAUCCUAACUGUCGCAGGCCCAUCAUGACUCCUCCCGCUGCCAUCUCCCCUACCCAGCGCACUGCUGAACUUGUGACCCCCAAGUCCAAGCUGGCUGUUGCCCCUUAUGAUGGCGCUCAAACCAAGACCGUCGCCGAGAUGCAUGGCGAAUGGGAGUCUUUCGCCUUCUCCCCUAUCCGCGAGUCCCAAGUCUCGCGUGCCAUGACCAAGCGCUACUUCGAGGACCUCGACCGCUACGCCGAGUCCGACAUCGUCAUCGUGGGCGCAGGAUCAUGCGGCCUCAGUACCGCCUAUGUUCUCGGCACCAAGCGCCCAGACCUCAAGAUUGCCAUCAUUGAGGCUUCUGUCUCGCCUGGAGGAGGUGCCUGGCUGGGAGGCCAGCUCUUCUCUGCCAUGGUGAUGCGUAAGCCCGCUGAUGCUUUCCUCCGCGAGAUUGGCGUCCCUUACGAGGACGAGGGCAACUACGUCGUUGUCAAGCACGCCGCGCUCUUCACUUCCACCAUCAUGAGCAAGGUGCUGCAGCUGCCCAACGUGAAGCUCUUCAACGCUACCUGUGUUGAGGAUCUUAUCACUCGUCCCUCUGCAGACGGAGUGCGCAUUGCUGGUGUUGUGACCAACUGGACUCUUGUGUCCAUGCAUCACGAUGAUCAGUCGUGCAUGGACCCCAACACCAUUAAUGCUCCUCUUGUUAUUUCAACCACUGGCCACGACGGCCCCAUGGGUGCCUUCUGUGUGAAGCGUCUCGUCAGCAUGGGCCGCAUCGAGAAAUUGGGCGGCAUGCGCGGCCUCGACAUGAGCAAGGCCGAAGAUGCCAUUGUUAAGAACACCCGUGAGGUGGUGCCCGGCCUCAUUGUCGGAGGCAUGGAGCUUUCCGAAAUUGACGGUGCCAACCGUAUGGGCCCUACCUUCGGCGCUAUGGUUCUUAGUGGUGUCAAGGCUGCGGAAGAAGCCCUGAACGUCUUUGAGACUCGCCGCCAGGAGAAUGCCUUUUAAAGGAAAUGAACAGAUUGAUUGAAUGGUGGACAGAACAGACUGAUAACUACUCUUGUCAUUCAUUUACGUGCUAUUUGUUCUGGUAUGGUCGGUCACUCAUUGGC